AUGAACGUGACUGACCUGGCCUGGGCAAACAAUGCCAAAGACCCAGAUGGGGAGGAAAGAUCACCUUGCAUCAUUGGCACUGGCGCCAUCAUCUACUAUUGCAUCCUCUUGUGUGUCGGUCUGCCAGUUAACAUUUUGACAGCCAUUGCACUAUCCCGCCUGGCUAUCCGCACCCAAAAAUCUUCCUACUGGUACCUCCUGGCCCUCACUGCUUCCGAUAUCCUGACUCAGGUCUUCGUCGUCUUUGCAGGCUUCAUCGUGCAGGCGGCUAUCUUGGCCCGUGAGGUCCCUGGUGCCUUUGCCCACACUGUCAACGUGUUGCAGUUCACAGCCAAUCAUGCCUCCAUCUGGGUGACCGUCCUGUUGACUGUGGAUCGUUAUGUGGCCUUCUGCCACCCCUUGCAGUACAGGACUGUUUCCUACCCAGAGCGCACCCGGAAGAUCAUUGGUGCUGUGUUUGCCGUGUCAUUGGCCACUGGAAUCCCCUUCUAUUGGUGGCUCGAUGUUUGGCAUGACGUCUACCCACCCACCACCAUGGACCAGAUCUUGAAGUGGCUUCACUGCUCCCUCAUCUACUUUAUUCCCUGUAGCAUCUUCUUGGUGACCAAUUCUGUGAUCAUCUGCAAACUCAAGCGCUCAGGUGGGCCCAACCGGCGCCUCAGCAAAUCCACUGCAAUUCUGCUGGCCAUCACCACUGUCUUCAUUUUCCUCUGGGCUCCGCGGACAUUCAUCAUGAUCUACCACCUUUACGUGACCUCAGUCAAUCAGGACUGGCGAGUGCACCUGGCCCUCGACAUUGCCAACAUGGUCGCCAUGCUCAACACCUCCCUCAACUUCUUCCUUUACUGCUUUGUCUGCAAGACCUUCCGGCGCACCAUCCGGGAGGUGCUAGCGUCUUACAGGCUCCAAUGCACCCAGGCACCGAGGAAGAAUGGCCCCUCAGAUCCAGCCCUGAAACCCCUGGCAGUCUUGGAUGGGACUAGGGAGAUCACCUUGCUUCUGCAACCAGCUCCAACUUUGCUGAACAGUCGCACACAUCCUAAAAGGUCCCUGGCUCUAUGGAACAGAUAG